UUAUCUAAUCUUUUUUCCACUCUUCAUCUCUUUCAAGACUGUUACUUUGGUGGGAUUCUCUUUGAUUUUAUUGAUGAAAGAAAUGGAGAACGAAGAAAAUACAGUGACAAAGGAAGAUGCUGCUUCAAGACAAGGAAGUGUUGCUGUUCCUAUUCAACAGGUCGAAGAUUCGGCGGGAAUAACCGAGGAAACGAUGGAUGCUCGUAACUCGAAGCGAAGCAGCCUCUUUCUCGAGAUACCCUCAAGAACUAUGGAUGAUUCCUCUCAAGAGUCUGUCACAAUUAAGAUGCCUCAAACACCUAGUUUGACUCCCAGGAAAGUGAAUUUUCUCUUGACACCGAGUCCAUCUGAUGCACGGGUUAAUGGAUCCUCAGGUCCCCCAUCAUCGAAAGGCAAAUCGUUGAAGAGUCUCUUACGGAAACUAAGCUUCAAGCAUCGAACUAUAAGUUCAGAUAUUGAAAAGGCUGUGAACGUUGCUCCUGAAUCUUCUUCGUAUACUUCUAUACGAGAGAAGCCUCCCAUCUCAAGGACACUGUCACUUACAAAGAUAUUUACUCCUAGGAUAAAUAGGACAUCAUCAUUGCCUGUAACGCAAAUUGCACAUUCAAACCCGGAGUCCGUAAGCGGUGGAAGCCUAGGUGGCUCCAGUAAGGGAAGCAUGCUGCAGAUAGCUCGCUCGUUUUCAGUUCCUGCAAACGAAAAAGAAGGAAAAUUAAGGAGGAUGGAUUCGUUCUUCCGAGUGGUCCCUUCAACUCCGCGAGUAAAGGAAGGAAAUAUCAGUUCAAAUGCUUCAAACGGACCUGAUGCUGAAAACUGUGCCCCUGAUGGCGAGGACAUACCGGAAGAAGAGGCUGUUUGUCGAAUUUGUAUGGUUGAACUAUGUGAAGGCGGAGAAACAUUUAAGAUGGAAUGCAGCUGCAAAGGCGAGCUUGCAUUGGCCCACAAAGACUGUGCUGUUAAAUGGUUUACCAUCAAAGGCAACAAGACAUGUGAUGUGUGCAAGCAAGAGGUUCAGAACCUACCAGUCACCCUUUUACGAAUCCAGAGUGUUCGAGCUCGAAAUGGUGGAAGAGCUCUUCAGGCUGAUGUUCAUGGAUACAGGGUUUGGCAGGAGGUCCCGGUUCUUGUAAUCAUUAGCAUGCUUGCGUACUUCUGUUUUCUCGAGCAGCUUCUGGUUGGAAAAAUGGGUACCGGAGCCAUCGCUAUAUCGCUUCCGUUUUCUUGCGUGCUAGGCCUCCUUGCAUCCAUGACUUCAUCAACAAUGGUGAAGCGAAGAUUCAUCUGGGUUUACGCAUCAAUUCAAUUUGCUUUGGUGGUUUUCUUUGCUCACAUAUUUUAUUCAUUGGUGAAAGUACAAGCAGUUCUAUCGGUUCUCCUCGCAACAUUUUCUGGUUUUGGUGUUGCAAUGAGUGGGAGUUCGAUCAUUAUCGAGAUCCAACGAUGGAGAAGAAGAUGGCAGGCUUGGUCUGACGAGCAGCAGCAUGGUUCCCAAGUUCUGAUGCCACCGCUGGUCCAACCCACUCGAGCAGUUAAUUCACUUCGGAGAGUUCCCGAUAUGAACCAGCAAAAUGCCGAGACUUUCAGCGGGAGCUGAACCGAUCUGGUCCUCAUGGUUGAUCUUCAUGUGAUUUAUCUGCAGAUGAAAGCAUGGUUUUCUUCUGUAAUAUGAAAUAGAAUAGGAUGUCAUACAUUCCUCCACCAUUUAGGCCAAAUGAAAGAGGACAAAAAAUGCAUUGCAAAAUUGUGGUAGUGUUUUGAGGUUUACAUUGUCUCAAAAAAGUCCCC